AUGAAAUACCCUAUUUGUAUCCACAGAGAGAUGGCUGAGAAGACUAUGAUGGAUGCCCUGACUGAGUUGAGAUGCCACUUUACGUGGGAUUUGCUGAGAGUGGACAACAUAGAUUUGCCUGAUUUAGAAAACAGAAUCCAGGAUGAAAUUGAAUUUCUGGACACAAAAUUCAAUUCAGCAAUUUACAACACAUUGGCUUAUGUGAAGUAUGUAAUAGGUCAAAGUGAGGAGGCUCUUGAAAGCUUGAGAAAAGCUGAAGAAUUGAUCUUGCAGCAUCAUGGUGACAAAGCAGAGAUAAAAAGCUUUGUGACCUGGGGAAACUAUGCUUGGAUCCAUUAUCACAUGGGUGAAUUGCCCAAAGUUCAGUUUUAUCUGGACAAGGUGGAAACAAGUUGUAAGAGGCUUUUAAGUCCCUUCCGCUAUAAAGUGGAACUUCCAGAAAUUGACUGUGAGAAAGGAUGGGCAUUGCUCAAGUUUGGAAAGGAGUAUUAUGAAGAAGCCAAAGUUUGUUUCCAAAAGGCCCUGGAAUCGAAGCCUGAUGACCCUGAAUUUAACACUGGAUUUGCAAUCAGCGUGUUUCGUCUGGAUUUACAAGAGGAAUAUGAUCGUAAUAUUUCUCUAAAACCACUAAGAAAAGCAGUCAGACUCAACCCAGAAGAUGCUUACCUUAAAGUUCUUCUUGCACUGAAGCUCCAGUCUUUUCAUCAAGAUGAGGAAGGAGAAAAAUAUCUAAAGGACGCCUUAAUUAGCAAGACAUCACAACCCUACAUCCUUCGCUAUGCAGCCAAAUUUUACUGCAGAAAAGGGUAUCCAGAUGAAGCUAUUGAUCUCUUACAAGCUGCUCUGGAAAGAACUCCAACUUCCAAUGUCCUGCAUGAUCAGAUGGGAUUUUGUUACGAGGCAAAAGUUAAUCAAAUCAAAAAGGCUACCAAUUACAAGCCACGAGGCAGGGAUAGACAAGAUCUUGAGAGAGCAAUUCAAUUAGCUAUAUUUCAUUUUAAAAAAUCAAUAGAGAUUAGACCCACAUUUGAGUUAAGUUAUUUAAAAUUGGGUGACAUGUAUGCAGAAGCAGGUGACUAUGACAAGGCAAAAGAAAGCUACCUGGAAGUUCUGAAUCUGAAAGAAAUUCAAGAUAAGACAAGGCAAGAAGUCUACUUUCACCUCGGCCGCUUCAAUGAGUUUCAUAAGAGAUCUGAGGCUGAUGCUCUCGCCCAUUACUUGGAAGCUUUAAAAAUAGGCAAAGGAAAAUCAUUGAUGGGAAAACGCCUUCCAAAUGCUGUGGAGAAAUUAGCUAAAAAGCGUCUUCAUCGAAACAAGUCAGAUGUAGAGAGUUUGAGUCUCUUGGGGUUCAUCCAUAAGAUGAAAGGAGAAACAGAAAAAGCCUUAGAGCUGUAUGAGGCAGCCCUGGAAUUGGGCUCCUUCCCCUCUGCCUCCUGGAACACCUCUCUUCCUUGAAGAUACUGCCCAAGCACCAACUUCCAAUUGAAGUCAUUCCUAAUGCCUUCAGCUGCUUGUGCUUUCUUUUCUCUCCAAACACCUUGCAUUUAUGGGGUUUAUUUGGGUCUGUUCUGUUCAUAUUCAUUUGGUAUAUUUUUUCAUGUUGAUUUGUCUAUUAGCAUGCAAACUCCUUGAGAAUAAGGAUUAUUUCAUUUGUUGGAUUUGCAUCCCAGAUAUCUAGUACAGCGUCUGGUACAUACAUAGUAGGCACAUAAUAAAUGUCUGUCAAACUGACUGUUGACUGAUUGAUUAAUGGAUUAAUUAGCUACUGGAAAUAAAGGGUUCUAUCAGCAGUGCCGUGAUAGAUUGUUUUCUCUUUAAAGCUUCCUUUUGUGAAUUCAGCCCCAAGGUGUAAUAACAGCCAUUGCCUGCUUUAACUACUAACAAAACUGAAAGUCAAUAUUAUAUAACUGAUAGAAAAUGAGUGUGGAAGGCAGUAACACCAAAUCCUCCUCCUGGCACCCACUGGUUGUAUGAUCCUGUCCAAAUCAUUUCACUUUUGGGGUGUCUAGGCCAUUCUCUGAGAUUAAAUGUAUCAGUGAAGAUAAUGUAUUUAUCUGUGUUGGUAGAGGAAGUUUUUUCAUUUGGGAAUCCCUAAUAUAAGUGAAAUCAUAGAACUAGUCUUUAUGCAAUAGAACUGCUUUCUAUGAAUACUUAAUAUUAUUUACUAUUGUUUAACUCAGCACCAGAGACAUAGUGUUGUGAAAAGUGAGCUAGAUUUAAGGAAAUAAGAACUGGAUUCAAAUUCCACCAUCGUGUUGUCAUCUGAGAAAGAAGGCAAAGAACUAGAUGAUCUCUACAGACCCUUCUAGCUCUAAAGCUUUGUUUCUGUGAUACUAAUAAAUUGAUGGUAUAAAGUUUAUUGUUCAUAAUAAAUGGCUGCUCAACCACCA